AAUGAGGUGUCACGGAUAGGCGGCACUGAUAGGUGACACUGACAGGUGGCACUGAUGAUGGGUACUGAUAGACAGCACUGAUAGGUGGCAAUGACUGGCAUCACUGCUGGGCACUGACUGGCGGCAAUGCUAGGCAUUGACUGACGCAACUGAUGGGCACUGACUAGCACAACCGAUGGGCACUGACUGGCAGCACUGCAUUGAUGGGCACAACCGAUGGUGACUGGCAGGCACUGGUGGGCACAGGUGGGUGGCACUGGUGGGCACAGGUUGGUGGCACUGCUGGGCACAGGUAGGUGGCACUGCUGGGCACAGGUGGGUGCACUGCUGGGUGGCACUGCUGGGCACUGGUGGGUGGCACUGCUGGGCACUAGUGGG